AUGAGUCGAGCUCUUCUCGUUUUCCCUUUUUUGAGCGCUGUCCUUGGUGCACCGAUUCCGGACAGAAAUGAGCUGAUUGCCGGCGAAGCACUGGACGAGGCGCUUGCCGCUCGUGGCGCGCAAUCGUUGGAGAUCAUUCCCGAGGCACUUCCCCUUCAAUAUGCUCCUCGUCUGACGACAACGAGUCCGCCGAAUGUGAUUUCUCUUCAAUCUGGAAUGCACACAAGCCCGACGAGUGCUUUAAAUGCGAUUUCACUCAAAGCUGCACCAUAUCCAAGUCCGACGAUUGAUGGAGCGGAGUUUGGUGGAGCGACGAUUGGUGGAGCGGAGAUUUCGAAUUCUUUCGCUCAAUUGCUUUCUACUGUAAUGCCGAUGUCGCAGAUUUCGCAAAAAUUUGAUGAAAAAGCGUUUUUUGGAGUGAAUGACGAGGAGAAUUUGAAGAAAGACCGCAAAGUGGUCGAGGUGACGAAAAGCAAAACAAUGACAGGGAAACAGGAACAGGAAAACGACGAAGAAACCGAAGAGAUCGGGGAAAUCGACACGGAAACCGAUUUCGCGGAAAAUGACGAAAUCGGCACCACCAUUGGCACGAUGAGGCGGAAAACGAAAACCAAGGAUCCGAUUACCGAGCUGCCCGCGCAAUUCGUCGAAAUGGGUAACGCGGUCGGGAUAAGGGAAACAGCAGAAGAGAUUCUGCAGUCACCGACGAGUUCGAUGAUCGACGAGUUGUCAUCAUUACCCACAAAUCCUACCGUAAUCCGGAGUGAUCAAAUGGAUCCGCUUGAGCUUUUCAUGCGUUUUCUUGGCUUUUUUCUUAUGAGUUUUACGGAAUCGACUGAGAAUGAGAUUGGGGAAAUGAUGGAGAUGAGGACAACUGAAGUGCUCAUCACGAUACCCAUCACGGUGGAAUCAAUUCAUCUCUCACUCGACGCCCCUUCAUCAACAACUCGACCAACAACUCCAUCAACUCUUCCGUCGCUCAUCGAUCGUCUUGUUUCGUUUUUCCGAAAAGCGCAAAUCCUUACGAAUUGCUCGAUUUCUGAGUGUCAACAAGUGGACCCACCGUUCCUUUCGUCGGCACAACUCCCUCUACACUCCUCAAAACAAUCGCGAAUCGAUGGCUUCAAUCCUCGCCGACGUCGGCGUCAAGCGUGCCCGUGCCGGCUCAAAUUCGACUGGGAAAUCGUCUUUCAAUUCGUCGAUUUGCUUUUAAAACGCGCUUAUUUAGAGGAAAUU